AUGACAACGGUUUUAUCCUUGAAUGAAGAUGUACUGUACGUUAUUCGAUCGAAAUGUUCAUCAUCUAUCGAUAUGUGGCAUCUUCUUCUUGCGUUGAAUUAUGACUUACCAACAAUAAUGAAUCUACGUGCUUUUUGGAUCCGUAUUCGAUUAUCAUCGUUGCAUAAUAAGGCAAUAUUAUACUCGUUUAUUAAACAAAUUUCCAUGUAUUGUGUCGAUCUUCGUCUUGAUAAUCUCAAUUGGAUGGUUGUUGUUGAUAUUCGUCAUUUACUUUCUCAUUUUCGCCUAUUAGUCUCCUUCCAUACUGGAAAUGUUGCAUUGUCCAAGAGUACAUUAAUCAAUGAUGUGAAGAAUUUUUUUCCUUUUGUAAAAUAUCUUACUUUACUCAUAUCUGUGGAUGAUUCAAUGGAAUCAUGUUUAACCACUCGUCAGAGCACCAACACAGAUGAGACAUUUCAUAGUAUAUGUACAACAUUGAAUGAAAUGCAACAUCUCGAGCACAUUGUAUUAGUAUUACAAGACAAAAAAGGUGGAUGUCUAUCUGAUCUCAGUGCACGAACUAAUUUUCGUUUGGCUUGUGAAUUUAUCUCGAGGAGAAUAAACAAUUGCACGUUAAUUUCAAUCGAAGAGAAUGGACACGAUAUCAAAGAUCGAUUCCCAUCAAACGAUUCUUCCGACAGAACAUAUACCGGUUCGAUAGAUUUAUUUCUAAACAAUACAAUCAAACAUUUGAUUAUCUCUUUUCGAUGGAUGCUAAGCGGAAAUCUAAAACUCGCCAUUACUGAUUCUAGUCAAGAGAAGUGGCAACUGGAAAGUUUAGUUUUACCGUGUGUACCAUUGACGUGGGAGACAAUUGAGCUGAAUCAAUUGAAAUUAUUGGAUAUAGGUUAUGUUAAUUCGAAAAAUCGAGACGAAUUAACACGUCUUGAUGAAUUGCUGAUAUGCCAUCAUCGUUCUCAUUCAUUACAAGAUUUAACUUUGAAUUUAAAUGAAUGGCAAUCUGUAAGAUUUGUUAUUCGAUGGAAAAAUCAAGAAAAGAAUUCGGCAGCAGCACAAUUUACUUCAAUAUUCGAGAAUUGCUUUGAUCCGAUAAAUACAUCCGAAGAUGAAAAUAUGAUCAGUGAAGAUCACAGCGUCAAAUCAAACGAUGUUAUCGAUGACUUUCUUCUGGAAUUUAUUGAUGAUACUGAAGCCACGAUCUUUCAACUACCAUUAGAUUAUUCUUGGCUGAUUAAAUUGACUAAUUUAAAUCUGACUGGUAUUCAUUAUCAUUCGAUUGAUUUGAAUCACAUUUUCAAUUCCUUAUCUCUCCUUCGAACACUAAGUCUUUCACCAUGUUUACUUUUCUACCUCGAUCAAUACGAAUGUCAUUGUCAGUCGACAUCUGAUCCAUAUGAAAUACAUUCUUUAAAUCGCAAUCUUCUUUCUCUCAAUCUUGUUUGUCAUCUGACGAACCUGAAGGAACCGUGUUCAAUCUUCUUCAAUCAGCACAAACAUCAUUCGAUUCGUCAUUCAUCCAUUCAUCAACAUCUGAAAACCAAUGAAUCGUCCUUUCAUUAUGAAGUAUUCAUUCGUCGGAUUAUUCGAACAGUGUUGCAAGCAUUAGAUCUGCAUCAUUUUAGCAUGAGAAUGCCGAAUUAUGAAAUGAAUAUCGAUGAUCUCAAUCUACAAGAGAACAAUCAUUUGGAAACGUUGAUCUUCGAUGUGAAAUUACCGUUAGCCUUUCAUUCAAAAUUAGCUCGAUUCUAUUCAAUAAAUCGUCCGAAUAAUCUAAAGCGAUUGGUAUUCUUGAGUGAAAACGAAUUUCAAUUAACACCGAUACUUAUCGAUCGCUUUCAUUCAUUGGAAAUCAUCGAAAUUCUAUCACUCAACUGUCAUUUGAACCGAACGACUAUUCAAUAUCUUGAAAAAGUUUUGAAACCUAGUCAAUAUCCAAAUCUGAAUACGUUUCGUCUGUGGAUUAGUAGUGUGGAUGCGACUCAUCUGCUCAAACAUCUGCAUAAAACUGUUCGAUUAGCUUUCGAACCAGUCAAACCUGGCUUUAUUUUCGACAUUUCCAUUGUGAAUCCAUCGACGCGUGCUUUUCAAACACGAAAGUGUAUUUUGUAUGACAGAACGCAUGAAAUACAUCAGCUUUUUUAUUGUGUACCUUCACACCAAUUGUCGAUUGUCUAUCCGAGUUAUUUGAAUUCGAAACCGUUGUACAGUGAACGAAUUUUUCCGAAAUAA